UUUGUAAUCAAAUGUUCGGUUUGAUGAUCCAUAAGAGAGGAGAUAACAUCCCAAAUAGAGACAGAUCCCCUUCCCUUGUCGUGUAGCCCAGUAGCUCUAAUCGCUACGAUUGCUACACACCACAUCCCUUAAGAAAACCCUAAUCAUCUCUCUCUCGCAUUCUAUAGGAAUCGCUUCCCGAAGCUUCCAACAUUCUCUUGUUUCUCCUUUGUCUCUCAAUUUCAGUUUCCUAUAUUAUACGCUUGUAUUAAUCACCAGUAUACAUUUUGUCGUUUCUGGGUCUGGAACCCUAGUAGUUAUUAUAGCAUCCAUCGCUUUCUUCAAUCGCCGUCCAUCAGAGUUUCAAGGGAUUUGCUUUAAAGAUCAAUCCUUUCCUAAGAAAAUAGCGACAAUUCAUCAGCUUUUCCUUUCCCAUCCUUCAUUACCUUAACUUACUCGAGAUUCAUCUUCCAGCUGAAAUUGUGAAACUUCGUUUCUGGGUUUUUAUCAGAAAACACUCUGUGACUUAUUGUGUGGUGAUCGAGGAAAGAAAAAAGAUGGUUGGUGGUGGAAACAGGAGAGAUGAGGGAUCGAUGCCGAUUCAGAACACCAACUUGUUUGCUGCUUUGGAUACUUCGAGGAAGAAGAAGAAGUCUGAUAAGGCUGGUAAGAGCAAAGCUUCCUCUAAGAGAGAAGAUUCACAGAAGGAGCCUGAGCCACAGGUUUUCUGGGCACCUACGCCUCUCAAAGCAAAGGCUUGGGCUGAUAUCGAUAGCGAUGAUGAAGAUGAUGAUUAUUACGCUACCACUGCUCCACCUCAGUCCCUGUGGAGCACUUCUGAAGCCUCCCAUUCAGAUGCUAAAGACGUUCCCGCUGAGGAAAUUGAAAGCGAAGAAGACACUCUUGAUGAUGGAGAUGAUGAUGAUGUGGAGGAAGAUCACGAGCAGGGAACAGAGACACAAGUUCAUCCAGAAGCAGAGCCUGAGGUGAAAAAGGCUCCUGAAGUUCGUGCUCCUCCUAAGGAGGCAGAGAGGCAACUUUCCAAGAAAGAGAGGAAAAAGAAGGAACUUGCUGAGCUUGAGGCUUUGCUAGCAGAUUUUGGAGUUGCAACCAAAGAUGAGAAUGGUCAACAAGACUCUCAAGAUAAGGGGGAGAAGAAAGAAGUGAAUGAUGAGGGAGAGAAGAAGGAGAACACAACCGGAGAAUCAAAGGCCUCAAAGAAGAAGAAAAAGAAGGACAAACAGAAGGAGCUAAAAGAAUCCCAGAGUGAAGUGAAGAGCAACUCGGAUGCUGCAAGUGAGUCCGCUGAGCAGGAGGAGUCUUCUUCUUCCAUCGACGUCAAAGAACGGCUAAAGAAGAUUGCAUCAAUGAAGAAGAAGAAAUCAAGCAAGGAGGUUGAUGGUGCUUCAACAGCUGCUGCAAAGGAAGCAGCUGCGAGGAAGGCAAAGUUGGCCGCAGCGAAGAAAAAAGAAAAGAAAAACUACAAUCAGCAACCUGUGAGGUGAAGAAAUCAAUCCACCCACCGUUGUGAUAUGAACAUAGGUUUUGUUCAUAUGAGACUUACUUGCCUUGAACAAAUCUUUUGAUGGGGAAUGUGGUUGGGUCGUGUUUUAGAGUUAUGAUAACUUUGGAUCUUUUAAUCCUAUCACAAUGGAACAUGACAAGAAGAAACUCUGUUUGAAUUUUUCCUUUUACAUACAUUCUUUGCUCAUCAUGGUUAUACUUGGAUUUGUUUUAUCUCCCACAACAAUUUCUACUUCUUGAUCUUACAUAUUAUUAGUUGUGGCUAAGCCAGCG